CUUGACAUCUGAUAUGACAUCAAUUUUAAAUCACAUCAAAAAAUAUACCAAGAAAAAUCACAUUUCACCUCAAUCAAAAUUCUACGUAAAAAAUGAUCCCAAGGCAGGUUCUAAAAUCAUUUUACAACAAUAAUCUGGUUUCAUCUUUGUGCACUCAGCCCGAGUACCAGAAAUCCGUCCAAGUAUCCAUUUUGGGUGCCGGUUCGCGACUUGGCACUUACACCAGCUUCUUGUUGAAGCAAAAUCCCCUGAUUUCAGCGCUUCAUCUUCAAGGAUGCUUGGGAGUCGAAAAUAUAGGCAAGGAUUUGAGUCAUAUGGACACCAGCUGUGCUGUACAUUCGUAUUGUGGCAUGGACUCUGGUGUGGAAAAAGCUGUCAAGAGUGCCGAUGUGGUUCUAAUUCUACCAACCGAAAAUCUGAGUGCAGAUACUCCCAUAGGUGAACGCAUCAUGAAGGAAGGUAGCAGACUGCACAAGGUGGCUGUGAGAUGUACUCUUUUUGCACCACGUGCUAUUUUGGUGGUUUGUGUACCUCCGGUAUCAGUAACAACGCCUUUAGUAACUGAAGUUUUCAAGAAGUCGAAUUUCUAUCAUCCUGGACGGAUCAUUGGAUCAACAGCAUUCGCUCAGGUUAAGGCCAACUCGUUGCUAGGACGUUACCAAGAUUUGGACCCUCAAGCAGUGUACACACCUUUAAUAGGUGGACCAGAUGUUGACUUAGCCGUACCACUUUUUGGUCAAGCCAAACCGGUAGAAGUAAUAGGAAAAAAUACUCAGAUGUCCCUAACAGCCCAAUUUCGUGGAGUGAACCCUACAGAAUUUCCGAAAGUUUCUGGAAAAAGAGAUUUUUUCGAAAAAGCCGACAUGGCAGAGAGUUACGGCAUCAAUAUGUUGGUGUCGACGAUAGCCCUAGGGCUCUGUGGCGAUCAAAAUGCUUACGCCAAUGUUUUUCUAAGAACCAAUCUCGUUGAUGUUUGCAAAUAUUUAGUAACUACAGUUCGAUUCUCAAGAGGAGGCGUUGUCCAUAACUGCGGCCUGCCACAACUCAACAAACACGAACUAGAUUUGCUGGAAAAGGCCACACUGGAGCUCAAAGAACGUGAAGAUAUGGCCAAGGAGUAUUUGGAGUUUGUGGAAAACAAGGACAAUUCCUCGGAAUUGCCAUCGUUCGUUGAGAAAGAAAGGAAGAGACAAGAACUGUUGAACCAACGUAUCGUCAGAUAAAAAGAUUUCCAGUUUACAAGUUUGAGUUUUAUAUUUAUUUAUAUGCAUUAAUAAAGUUUAUUUUAUUUUA